AUGCGCUUUUCUACAAAUACGCUUUCAUCUAUUACAAGUUAUACGAAGAUGUCAGAACCUGCAGUAACUACUCCGCCAGCAAGUCCAACGCCGAAAGACGAUGAAGUGAAGAAAGCAGCGACAACAGCUACGGCUAACGCGAAGAAGUUCGAAGGUGAUGGACUUCCAUUUCGAGCCAAAUUAAUCGGAAUGGAAGAUUUAACUGUGGAUCGAGAUGAAAAAAUUUGCCUUGAUUCGAUGUUUAAAUUGAAAGCUGUUGUGCGUGCCCGUGGUGAACAUAAACAACGAAUUCAAUUGAACUUAACAAUGACGACAGUAAAAGUCAUCGAUGAGACUACUAAAGCACAAAUUGCUUGUCACGAAAUUGAACGUAUAUCGUUUGUCGUAAUUGAUCCACGUGACACUCGAGCAUUUGGAUAUAUUUAUAACACAUCGGACGACCGUCAUCAAUUUUGGGCUAUUAAAACAGAACGAGCUGCCGCAGCAACAGUACUGGCGUUGAAAGAACUUUUCGAGUUAGCUUUUGAGAAAUAUACGAAUGACGUCAAACUCAAAGAAAGCGAAAGCAAACCUUCGGAAACAACACCAGAUAGUGCUACAUCGCCAGUAUUGCCACCACCAGUUAAUGCAGGCUCGAUCAUUUCACCUUCAGCGGGAUCACUUCUGGAUGAUAAUUCAAUCUGGGAUACAACUCCGAGUCCAACGACACCACCUACUCAACCUGUUGUUGCUGCUACCGCUGCUGCUAGCAGUGGUCUAGACUUAUGGGGUACAAACGACUCCACACCAGCUGUUUCACAGAAUCAAACACCAAAAGCUGAAGAGUCUUUGGACAGCGUUUUUGGUGAUCUUUCAUUUACAACACCAUCAGCACCAUCAACAGCAACUACUGCUACAAACUCAUUACUGGACGCAUUUUCUACUCCCAUUACAACACCGCAAGCACAACUACCUAAUCUAUAUGGUAAUACCUUUGCUACACCUAUUCAACCGAAUCCAAUAAACACAAUGCCGAAUUAUCUUCAACCACAAACGCAGCAACAACGCCCAAUCACACCUACAUCAAUACUUCUUCAACCUCAACAAUCCCAAUUGAGUUCGAUGACUCCUUCGCCUAUCUCACCGACCCCUCCACCGCCGGUCACAAGUCCAUUUGCUGGUCUUGAUAUUUUAGGAGGCUUCAAUACCGGAGCAACAACUAAAACUACCAAAGAAUCAUUUUUCCCUUCAGCAGCACCCAAAACAAUACAACAAAUGCAAAUAGAAAAGCAGAAACGGACAGAGUUUUCUGCACGUGAAUUGAGAGAAUUUGUCAUUCUUCUUCAUGAAGAGUACGGCGUUGAGUUUACAGAGGAAAUCCUAUGGAAGGUAUACAAAACAAAGCCCGACAUCGAUGAUUUGAACAAAUUGAAAAAGUUUCGAGAUCAAGUCGAUCCGAAAGAUCAUGUCGAUGUUAAUUUAUGGAACCAAUUGAACAACGAUGAGAUCAAAAAGAUGCCACAAAUUAAAAGCUAUGCUGACGAGGCCACUGCAGCACGAUGGUUAGAAUGGUUCACUCGAAUUUCACAACGUUAUUCUCAAAUUGCUAGUUUACUUGAAUGGAAUUAUGAAACGAAUAUUACAUCCGAAAAUGCGAAACUAAUGAGUAAUCAGAAUCUGCUGAUGUCCCCGUUUCAACGACUGACACUACCGAUUGCAAAGAAGUUCUAUGCACAACUGAAAAAUUCGACAAACGAAGACCUGAAACGUGUUUUGAGUCGAUGUGCACGAGGUACAAUAAGUUACGACGAUAACGAAGUUAAAGUAACCUCGAAGUUGAGCUCACAGUUAGAAUCGAUCUUCGGAACGACAACUGUUUGCGAAUUGAAUAAUACGAAACAAUGUCAUACGAUUGAACCUUAUUUAACUGAAUUGAUGCAAAAAGAGAAAGAUUAUGACCGUUUGACAUGGGCAUGGGAAGGAUGGCAUGAUGCAUGCGGAAUGAAAGUUCGACCUGUUUACCUGACAUACAUCGAUUUAUUGAAUAAGAACUGUAAAGCAAAUGGUUAUAGCGAUUUGUCUGAAGAAUGGAUCGAGGACUAUGAGAUGGGAAAUGCUACCGAAUUUGAAGGUAUAUUGGAUCAAAUUCUCAAAGAUAUCACACCGUUGUAUGAGCAAAUUCAUGCAUAUGUUCGCGGUCGUCUAUGUGUGAUGUAUCCAAAUAAAUUCAAUUGUAAUGGACCUAUUCCUGGUCAUCUGCUCGGUAACAUGUGGGCUCAGAGUUGGGAAUCGCGCUUUGAUGAUUUUAUACCUUAUCCAAAUGCUCCAAUUCCAAAUAUUACUCAAGUGUUACAUGAUCAGAAGUUUUCCAUUUAUCAAAUGUAUGAAACGGCUGAACAGUUCUUCACAUCUAUCGGUCUUUAUCCCAUGACACCGAAGUUUUGGGCGCGCAGCAUGUUCAAAAAGCCGAAAGAUCGUGACGUUGUUUGUCAUGCCUCUGCCUUUGAUCUCGACUACCAUGAUGACUAUCGCACGAAAAUUUGUACGCAAAUCAACGACGAUUAUUUUUAUACCAUUCAUCAUGAAAUGGGCCAUAUUGAAUAUUAUAUGUCCUACGACGAAGCACAACCAUUUGUGUACCGUGCUGGAGCAAAUUCGGGUUUUCACGAAGCUAUCGGCGAUACAAUCGGCAUGUUUGCAACCUCUCCGGCCAAUUUAAUCAAGCUGGGCUUUUUCGAUGGAAAUGCUGUCAAUGAACAAUUUAAAAUAAACUAUCUUCUACGUCUAGCAUUGCAAAAGGUUGUCUUUCUUCCGUUUGCUUAUGCCAUGGACAAAUACCGUUUUGCACUUUUCCGUAAUCAAAUCAAUCGUAAUUAUGAAUUAAAUUCCAUGUGGUGGGCAUUACGUGUCGAAUAUGGUGGUAUCAUGGCAGCUGUACAUCGAAAUGAUGCCGUUCAUUUCGAUGCUGGGGCGAAAUAUCAUAUUCCAUCGAAUGUACCUUAUGCAAGGUACUUCAUAGCACAUAUUCUUCAGUUUCAAUUCUAUCGUGCACUUUGUCGAAUCAAAGGACAAACAAAGGAUUUGUACAUGUGUGAUAUUUAUGGCAACAAAGAAGUUGGACGAAGAUUCAAAGAAAUGCUAGCGAUGGGUUCAUCAAAAUCCUGGUCGGACAUUUUAGAACAGUUAACCGGUGAAAGAAAACUUGAGUCCAAUGCAGUACUGGACUUCUUCAAACCAUUAUACGAAUGGUUGAAAAUCGAAAAUGCAGCUAGAGGUUAUCCAGUCGGAUGGAUGCCGAAAUAA